AGUUUUGAAGUAACAACAUGGCAGCUUACAGCUGGAUAUUUCGGAAUCAAGCCGUGUAAAUCACUGUUUAUAUUGACGUCAGCAGAAAGAGCGACUUGUGACUAGGAGGAUGAAUAGGGCUUCAACUGUUUCCAGUGCCCAAAUCUGAUGACAAUUUUAAGGCAAGGUUGACCACAGUGCCUUGACCAUAUCCCACCUGGUCUUGAGAUGAACAGAUGCAGGAAUCAGACUGGGGGAAGCACCACCACUACAGCAACAUCAGCAACAGCGGAGGAGCCUCAUGGCUAUCUCAGGAGAAGGAAUGUUGUGAUGGCCACUGUGGGCGUGGUGCUGUUGGCGGCUCUGUACUCCGUCCACCCUGGGUACUACAGUGCCAGAGGGUCUAGCGUUGAUGUUGAGAGUGUGACCGGACCUGCGACACAACGCCAAGACCAGCCCUCUGGAGACCUCUACUCUGUGGUGUUUGAUGCUGGAAGCACCGGAUCUCGCAUGUUUGUCUUUCACUUCAAGCUUAAAGAUGAUCGGGAGGGAGAAAGUGUUCUUCUGGAGCGUGAGGUUUUUGAGGCCAUUGAGCCAGGAAUUUCAUCAUAUGCAAAAACUCCCUCAGAGGCGGCUGACAGCUUGGCUCCCCUACUGCAGAAAGCUGUGUCCAGUGUACCGGUCGGCCAGCAGAAUGCGACCCUGAUCACCUUGAAGGCCACAGCGGGACUGAGACUGCUGCCCAAAGAGAAAGGAGACCAGAUCAUGGCAGAGGUACGGGACCUUAUGAAGAGUUCCCCCUUUCUUCUUCCAGACCCAAGCAAAAUUAUGGUGAUGGGAGGAGAGGAAGAAGGCAUUUUUGCUUGGGUGACGGUUAACUUUUUACUUGAUGUAUUGUGGGAUAGUGACCCUGAUAACACAGUGGCGACAUUUGACUUAGGGGGUGGAUCCAUGCAAGUGACCUUUGAACUUUCAGAUAACGCUAAUCUAUCCGAUGUUCAAGUGAGAGAAUUGUACAAGUUAAAACUGUUGCAAGCUUAUUUCCUUGUGUUUACAUACAGUUACCUUGGAAGUGGUCUAAAGUCUGGGCGGCUUGGCAUCAUGGGGAGAGGGGAAGGCCAUUUUGCUGGAUUGUCGGAGCAGGCAGAAGAUGACGGAAAUGUCUUGCUGUCUCCGUGUUUCCCGGCAGAGUUCAACACAACUUGGCGCCACGGAGAACACAUUUUUCUGGUCAAGGGCACAUCCACAUCCAGCUCAGGCUUGAAGCUUUGUAAACAGGCUGUAGACAACUUUGUGCACAAAGGGAGCUUUAUCAAGAACAAACAACUGCAUCAAAGAGAACUACAUUUAUUCUCCUACUAUUUCGAUGUGGCCAGAUGGGCGGGGUUGAUCCCAGAAAGUGCCACACAUAAACUCAUGACACCCGCUGAUUUUCUACAAGCUGCUGAACACUAUUGUGUAAAGGAAAACAUGUCAGAGGCGUACCCUUUCCUGUGUAUGGAUCUGUUGUACAUUUAUUCUAUGUUGACUGAGGGUUUUGGUCUGGCCCCUGACAGGCAGUGCCAUGUAGAACAAAAAAUCCUUGGCCGUGAGGUGAGCUGGAGCCUUGGAGCUGCCCUGUCCACUCUGUCCCAGAGGUUCACCUUCUCCGCCGUCUACUUGUGAUAGUGGCCACAGUUUGCUUUGUGUUGUUUGUGCUGUGCCUCUGGUAACAGUCCCUCAGUGUUCAAGCAAUAUGUUUUCCUCCUGGUACAGAAGGAUGACUGUCUUUGUAUUGUGAUACAUGGAGCAAUUGUCAUAUGUGGUGCUUGUCCCAGCUGUGAUAUCUUGUAGAUGGGUUUGUUUUUUUGUAGGCAAAUGACAGAAUUAUAAGCAAGAUCUACUUUAUUUCAGAUUUACUCCUGUUCCAUAAGUGGCUGGAGACUUGUUUGUAUAAAAGAAAUAUCUGGUUUUUCAUAUUAUAUAUGUUCUGCAGGAAAUUGAAUUGUAUAUUAUACCAUAUUACAUAUGAUUUUUACCAAAUCACUCAUAUUUCAUUAGGGGGUGGGAUGGUGGGGGGAUAGUUUGAGAGGUGGAAGGGUGGUUUGUUGUACUUUUUUUUGUUUUUAAGUGACAUAUAUGUUGCUUCUGGAAUUGGAAAAUGGUAUGCAUUGUUUGUUUUGAACUGGCAUACUGAAGUGAGAUAUAUUGUUUUUUGAAUAAUGUUUAUUACAUGAGUGCUGGGAGAUGAAUUUUUAUUGUCUUUGUGUCUUGGAGUACCAUGCUAAAUGCUGAGAUUAUCUCAAAUUCAACGCUUUUUUCAAGUUUGUGUAUUCUUUGAAAGUUAGAGGUUUAAGUUUGGUCGCUUUUAAGCACAAGGGAACUAUCCCAAAAAAAACUGUUUUGAGAAAAUCGAAGGUAAAGUUUUUGCCUC